GUUAGAUAGUUCUAUUGAGAAAUUUUGUUAUGAUAAUAUUUUACUCUAUCCCAAUAUCAAUAAAUCAUAUUGAUAAGCAAACGGGAACUGAGCUAUGGAGUUGAAGUCACAAAAAUUUAAAUCAAAUUAUAAAAUAUCAAUGUUUUAAAAAAAAAUUUUAUGAUUGAAUUUUGUAUAAUAAUUUUACCAUAUAAAACAUAGCUUUAAGGCAAUAUGAUAUCUUAACAAAUAUAAAAAAGAAAUAUUUUAGAAUGAUAUAUGAAAAUCAAAUAAGCUGACAUUGACCCAAAAAACAAUGACUGUGUUUCAAUAUCUAAAUCGUGAUGAAUACUCUGAAUUUGUUUGUGGUUGUGGUGCUGCUAUAGUAAAUAUUAGUAUCACGUUUCCAAUCAACAAAGUUAUAUUUAGACAGAUGCUUCAUGGUGUAGCUUUAAAGCAUGCAACUAAUCAAUUGUUUAGUGAAGGGUUUUCUACACUUUAUCGAGGUAUUGGACCACCGUUGUUGCAAAAAGCCAUCUCAACAUCUUUAAUGUUUGGUACUUAUGAUGCAAUUCAAAGACCUUUAGCAAAUUCUAAUAUGAAUCCAAAUUUAUCAAAAGCAAUUGCAGCAAUGAUGGCUGGUACAGCUGAAGCUACUUUAACACCAUUUGAACGUGUACAAACACUUCUACAAGAUAAUCAUUAUAACAAACAAUUUAUUAAUAUGAGACAUGUUAUCAAAGUGAUUGCUACUGAAUAUUCUGCAACUGAAUUUUAUCGUGGAUUCAUACCAGUUCUAUUGCGGAAUGGUCCUUCAAAUGUAUCAUUUUUUAUAUUUCGUGAAACUGCUAGCACAUAUGUAAUAAUACCUCCAAAUACUUGGUUUGGUUUCAAAAUAUUUAAGGAGUUUUUUAUUGGAGCUUCUAUUGGUGCAUUAAACAGCACAUUAUUUUACCCAUGUAAUGUACUAAAAGUUCAUAUGCAAAGCAGCUUAGGAGGUCCAUUUAAAAGUGUUAAACGAGCUGCAAUAGAAAUUUAUAAAGAACGUGGACAUAGAAUUUCAUAUUUUUAUAGGGGUGUUCAUAUGAAUUGCACACGAUCAUUUGUUAGUUGGGGAAUAGUUAAUGUUGCAUAUGAAAAUUUAAGGCUUGUAAUAAAAAGUAAUUAAUGAUCGAAUCUAUAAAAUUAAAUAAAUACCUAAAACUCUUGUUAUUGUUGAAUUUUAAUUUUAUUUGCUAAAUAUUUAUUGUGAUUUUAAUUUUAAAUAGAUUAGAAUAUAAAUUGUUAUUAACUAUCUGCAAA